CCGAGACUUUCAAAUUUCACCGCGGUCUCCCCUUAAUUGAUUAUUUAAUUUUGAAAAGGUGUUAUAAUUUAUGAUGACUGGCAUGGAUUUCAAUCAAAUAUUUUUAUGUAUGAGAAAACGAUGUUUAAAAGAAAAGAUAAUAAACGCAACGGUUUGAGUACUACUAUCUCAGUGCGAGCGUUGGACAGUCUCGAUGAUCAGAGAUGAAUUGACUGAUACUGAAAUGUCUUAUCUCCGGCCGAGCCGGACAGUAGUCGCCAGUCCAAAACUCUCCGGGAGACGGUACGACAGUCACUGAAUAUCAUCUGCGAAUUGAGAAAAAGAAGAAAAAAUUCUCGUCGGUGUUAACACUCGAGGAUAGGAGAGGAAGACAGGUCCCUCCAAGACACCACAGUGGACUGGUCAACGGUUGUGGCACCAGAGUGCGAGGUGAAGUCCACAGUUUUCAUUUUGUCGUUCCACCAGCAGCCCAAGGCAACUAGAUAGACGUGUGUGUGCCAGUAUUAGUAGCAAGCUAGGAAAAGCCGAAAAAAACGAUCCAGGAUCAUGGCUGUUAAAGAGUGGUUCAGACGACUUCAACCAGUACAACUAUAUCUAGUGCUCUUCUUCACCACUGCUUUUUUCAUCGUUGAGAUAAUAGCGAGUCAUGUGACACACUCGCUUACUCUGUUACUGAAUGCCUACCACAUGCUCUGCAAUAUAGUAGCUCUACUCGGGUGCAUCGUGUCACUGAAGUAUGGAAGUCGGGAGCGGUGCCGAACGGAAGAAAAUGCCGGUCCCAAGGGCAACUCUACUCUUGCGGUUUGUGAGGACAAAGGAUCCUCCAAGUCAUUACCCACUGAUCCAAAGCAAGUGAGCCCUGACAAUAGAAUGAAGAACACAUUUGGCUGGGCGAGAAUUGAUAUUCUUACGAUGCUGGUAUGCGGUGUAUUUCUGGCAUCCUUCUGUUUCACACUUCUCCUAGAAGCAGUGCUAACACUCAGUCAUAUAGGCCAUCUCGAUCAAAUGCAUUUACCUCUGAUUGUAAUGGGAAUCGGCGUUAGUGGGAUUGUCCUCAAUCUGUUUUGCUAUCUCAUCAUUGGGGGAUAUACUUUCAACCAGAGCCUCUAUCUGCAUGUCACUAAAGAUGGAAGUGUUGUCCUUCAAAGAGAUGUAGCUGAUGGCGAACAAAAGCUAACUCCCACCAGAAGAAGUCCAAUCGCAAUGCCCAAGAGUAGAAGACUGAUGGAAAUCACUCGAGAUGUUUUUCCAUGUGUUCUCGUUGUUGUGGCUUCAGUUCUCGUGCACUUCACGUACGAGGAAAGUACAACGACACCGGGAAAACCGAGUGAGCACGAUAUUUCGAAAUAUUUCGAUCCAGCUAUUGCCAUUAUCUCAGCGGUUUUCUUGUUCACACUCAGUUACCCCUACUUGAGGGACUCUUGUAUGAUACUCUUGCAGACAAUUCCAAAUCACAUAAACAUUGACUCUUUGCAGAAAGAACUGCUCGCUGCAUUCCCGGGGAUUGUGAAUGUCCAUGACUUUCAUGUCUGGCAUCUUGCUGGAACCAAAGUCGUUUCCACUGUUCAUAUUACAUUUUUAAAUCCAAAGGUUUACGCAACAAUUACUGACCAAGUAACAGCGUUUUUCGUUGAGAUGGGAAUAACACAAGUGACGAUACAGCCGGAAUUCCAUAAGUCGAAUGUUGACAAAACGGACUGUCUCAUCCGCUGCCGCGGGAGACUCUGUAUCCAGUCCCAAUGCUGUAAACGUGAAGAUCUGCUGGAAGAAAUUAUUUCAUCUAAUCCCGAACGAGAACUGCAAACGGAUAACAAGAGUUACUUGAAGAAGGAAAUCAUACCAGUUUCUUCGGAAGUUGAUUUAAGGAGAUUCACUCUCAAUAAAAGUGAUGACGAAAAAAGCUGUGAAAAAAUUAAUGUACAAGUAGAUGUGGACAUUGCUCAUGUGUAUAGUAACAGUACUGAUGACGAAAUUGUUGCAGAUGUAAUACCGGGUGAUCCUGAGGCAUUCUAAUUUUAUAUACACUGAACCUUUUUCUAUUUCACUGAAAACGUAUUUGUAACAAGAAGACUGUUUGUUAGUAUUAAGGGAAAAUAUUUUAAGAUUAUUGUAAGGACAAAAGAACAAAAAUGAUCAUCAACAUGAUUGCAACAGCGGCAUUUAUUGUAAAUAAUGUUAUUAGUCUCCCUGGUUUCAACUCUCGAAUUGAUUAUCAAUUAUUGACGUGCAUAAGACUAAUUUUUCAUCUUAUGAACGAAUUGAAAUUCAAAAAGAAUAAUAAUAAAAACAGU